GAAGAGGGCUGAUCCAUCUCCUCCGCCACCUCCCAUGGCGUCGCUGUGCCCCGGCGUCCUCCUUCGCCUCCUCCAAGACAUGGACUGCCCCUCCAGGGACGCCUCCCCUCGCCGUCGCCCACUCCACGCCCCAGCCUCCGUUCUCCAGAUUACCGGCAUUGUCCCCGCCCUCUCUGGCGCCGACCUCCGCCCCGAUCGAGGCUUCUACGUCAAGGUCUCUGACGCUUCCCAUUCCACCUUCGUCUCCCUCUCCUCCGACCUCAACGACCUCAUCCUGGCUGACCGCCUCCAGACCGGCCAGCUCAUCAACGUCCGCCGCCUCGAGCCCGCCUCCCCUGUUCCUGUCCUCCGUGACUUCCGCCUCCUCUCCGGCCGCCAACCCUGCAAUCACGAUACUGUUGACGUUACCUACCCCUCCCCUGCCCCCAAAUCCUCACCUGUCUUCCGCCCCUCCAUUACCACACCCCCUCUCCCCCCGCCCGAGAAGAAGAAGCGGCAUUUGAGGAGUCAUUCCUUCAUCAGCGACCACCACCGGAGCCUCGAAGUUAGCACGACCUCCUCCCCUGCCACUUCUCCCCUCCAGAGAUCGGUGAUGAAAAGGGAGGAGGCCAAACGGAGGGGCUCCAACAGCCUCGACAUGCUCAACAACAUGACCUUCUCGGCCUCUGCCGAUGAGGAAAAUUACGACUCCGACGAUUCGAGACUAUCCUUUUCCUCCUCGUCUUCCUCCUCGCCAUUCACGCCCCAGUCAAGGAAGAACUGGGACUCCGGCUGCAAGGUUGCAGAGCGGAGAAAGUACAUGAAGUCCCAGAGCGCCUGUGUUUCUCCUCAGCAUAGCAGUUUCACCUCAAGAAUCACCGAGAAAACUCACAAUUCCGUUGCAAGUCCUACAAAAAGGAAACACGCUGAUUCAGAUAAAACUAGCUCAGAGACGUCCUCUGUAUCCAGUUAUUUGUGUUCUCCAGAUGACAAUUAUAACACCAAGUGUCAUGAUAAAAUCAAUGUGAUUUGGGCUCUGCUUCCUCCAAAUUUGAUCAGGCAAGGAAAGGAAGUGAUAAGGCAAAGAGACACUGCUCUUCAGGCUGCCAUAGACUCAUUGCUGGAAGCCUCUGCCUCAGAGAGACUAAUUGAAUGCAUGAAUUUCUCCUCGGAUUUUGCUUCUUGCAGCACGUAUGCAGAGCUGCAGGCCAACAAGGACGGCGAUUCGCAACGCGUCGUGAAUAGCUUCUUGGAUUUUCACCAGAAGCUGGCGGAGACGAGAUUGAUCGUGCAGUCCUGCGAUUUCAGUUCCAGUGGUCAUGCUUCAGGUAGAUCAGUCUCGCAGGUUGCGUCGGAGAGGAAGAGCUGCGCCACCUCGUGGAUCAAAGCGGGCAUGAGAUCGGAUCUCUCGAAGCUCCCAACCCAGAAGAACAACGCACAUGAAGAUCUGCAAGUGGCUUCGAGUAACCCCUGCACGUCAAGCUCCAAGCCGAAGAACAACGCAGCAGUGUCUAAGGGGAGCAGCCUCCUGACGGCUUCAAAUGCAUUGCAGUAUGAGUUCAACAGAUGGUUCCUGCGGUAUAUCGACAAGUUUCUCGAUUCAGUAAACGGAUCGAGAUCUGAUUCAUGCGAAUCGGAAGUAGCGUCCCUCCUGUGCCAGCUGAAAAGGGUCGACGAUUGGCUGAACAGCAUCGCCAGCAAAGACUCAACUUGGCCGAGGGACAGGGUGAGAGAGACCCUGUCGACGGAGGACGACGAAGUGGAGGCAUGCCAACGAGUGAGAUGGAAGAUUUACAGCGUUCUUAUGGGGCAUGUUGAGAGCGCAGCGGUUGCGCUGGAGAGCAUGAACGUGCCUGAUGAGGAGAAGGAUGGUGAGCUCAUGCUCACUAGCUAAGACUCCAUUGCA